AUGUCAUCGUCCUCAUCCAUGUCUUCUUCAUCUUUUGCUAAACGUACCACGGGGCAACCAUUGUGCUGCUGUGGGGUGAAAGCCACACUGAAAUUUUCAACUACAGCAAAAAAUCCUGGCUGGCCAUUCUUAGGGUAUCCAAAGUACAACACAGAGGGAUUACCCUUUUGCAAGUUUUUCCAGUGGGCAGAUUGUAAUCAAGUAACUGAGCUCCAGCUUCAAGAAAGAAUCAAUGACCUGUUACAGAUGGAGAAAGAUCUCUCAAAAAUAGUCGACCUCCUCGAAAAAAGGGAGAUUGACCUGCGUAAGAUGAUGGAUAACCUUGAGAAGGAGUUGCUGCGGUAG